UUGUAGCAAUGUCAAAAGAAGUCAAAUAAUCUUUCACAAAUUACUGAACUAUUGUUUAUAUGGGGAAAUAAUUUAUCAAUCAUCCUUGGAGUAGAAAUGUAAGAACGAUAACAUUUACAUUUUAAAUUCAUUGUAAACAUAAUGCACAGGUCAAGAUUAUUGAUAAAUCUUUCAAAGAAAGACUUGCCAUGGUACAGACACAAAUCAAACAUAGAAUCUCUAAAAGAACGCAUCGCUAGUGGCCCCUCCCUUCAGGAUUUCAUAAAUGACCCGAAUCCGGUGCUGAAAGAUGACCCGGAGACAUGGAAGGAGUAUGAUGGGAAACUUAAGAGGGAAAAAGGCGAGGACCAAAGAUUACGCCUUCCUCCUUGGUUGAAACGAACCAUUCCAACAGGGAAAAACUACAGCCGAGUGAAAGAACAGUUACGAAAACUUAACUUGCAUACAGUGUGUGAAGAAGCGAGGUGUCCAAAUAUUGGGGAGUGCUGGGGAGGUGGAGAACAUGGAACUGCAACAGCGACAAUCAUGUUAUUAGGGGAUACGUGUACAAGAGGCUGCCGAUUUUGUUCAGUUAAAACAUCCAGGACUCCUCCACCCCCUGAUCCUAAUGAGCCCAUAAAUACAGCAACGGCCAUUGCAUCGUGGGGUCUGGAUUAUAUUGUAUUAACAUCUGUUGAUAGAGAUGACUUACCUGAUGGAGGUUCAAACCACUUUGCAGAAACGGUUAGGGAGAUUAAAAGACAAAAUAAAGACAUAUUAGUGGAAUGUUUAGUUCCAGACUUUAGAGGUAAUUUAGAACAAGUUAAAACUAUAGUUAACUGUGGAUUGGAUGUAUAUGCACACAACAUUGAGACAGUAGAGGCACUCACACCGUUCGUCAGAGACAGAAGAGCAAAGUACAGACAGUCUUUAAGUACUUUGGAAGGCGCCAAACAAUUCAAGCCCGAGCUUAUAACAAAAUCUUCGAUAAUGCUGGGACUGGGGGAAACUGACCAAGAAGUGGAACAAACUCUGACAGACCUUCGCAGCGCUGGUGUAGACUGCGUAACACUGGGGCAGUAUAUGCAACCUACUAAAAGACAUCUGAAAGUUGUAGAGUACGUAACUCCAGAAAAAUUCCUACAUUGGGAGAAGAUUGGAAACCAAAUGGGCUUCCUGUACGUCGCUAGUGGUCCUUUAGUUAGAAGUUCCUAUAAAGCGGGUGAAUUCUUCAUAGCGAGCAUACUGAAGAAUCGUAAAACGAGUGUAGCUUGAUCUCAUUUUGGCAUUUUUAGUGUUCGUUAAAAUUUAUCUCUGUAAAUUGUUGGGUCGUUUUAAAAAUAAAUUUCUUGAAAUGAA